GCCGCCACCGCCACCGCUACCGCCACCGCCACCGCGUCCGUCGCCGGUGCGCGCCGCUGACGCGCGGAGAUGAAAUUCCCGGGCUCGGUGCUGGCGUCCGUGUUCCUGUUCGUGGCCGAGACGUCGGCGGCGCUGUACCUGAGCAGCACCUACCGCUCGGGUGGGGACGGCAUGUGGCAGGCGCUGACGCUGCUUUUCUCGCUGCUGCCCUGCGCUCUGGUGCAGCUCACGCUGCUCUUCGUGCACCGCGACUUCACCCGCGACCGGCCGCUCGUGCUGCUGCUGCACCUGCUGCAGCUCGGGCCCCUCUUCAGGUGUUUUGAAGUCUUCUGCAUCUAUUGUCAGUCAAACCACAUUGAAGAACCUUAUGUCAGCAUCACCAAGAAGCGGCAGAUACCAAAAAAUGGCCACUCAGAGGAAAUUGAGAAGGAAGUGGGCCAGGCAGAGGGCAAGCUAUUCACCCACCGAUCUGCAUUCAGCCGAGCAUCGGUGAUCCAGGCUUUCCUGGGCUCAGCCCCCCAGCUGACCCUGCAGCUGUAUAUAAGUGUCUUGCAGCAGGAUGUCAGUAUCGGACGAUGUCUGUUCAUGGUCCUUUCCCUAUUGUCCAUUGUGUACGGAGCCUUGCGCUGUAACAUCCUAGCCAUCAAGAUCAAAUACGAUGAAUAUGAUGUCAAGGUGAAGCCCCUGGCCUAUGUCUGUAUCUUCCUCUGGAGGAGCUUUGAGAUUGUCACCCGAGUCAUUGUCCUGGUCCUCUUUACCUCUGUCCUGAAGGCCUGGGUGGUCAUAGACAUACUCAUCAACUUCCUCGGCUUCCUCUUCUACCCUUGGAUCCUCUUCUGGUGCAGUGGCUCCCCCUUCCCUGAGAACUUUGAGAAGGCCUUCAGUCGGCUGGGCACCACCAUUGUGCUGUGCUUCCUCACCCUCCUCUACGCCGGGAUCAACAUGUUCUGCUGGUCGGCGGUGCAGCUGAAAAUCAACAACCCCGACCUCAUCAGCAAGUCUCAGAACUGGUACCGGCUCCUGGUGUACUACAUGGUGAGGUUCAUCGAGAAUGCCUUCCUCCUCCUCAUGUGGUAUCUUUACAAGACGGAUAUCUAUAUGUAUGUGUGUGCACCCCUGCUGAUGCUGCAGUUGCUCAUUGGGUACUGCACAGCCAUUCUGUUCAUGGUUGUGUUCUAUCAGUUCUUCCACCCUUGCAAAAAGCUCUUUUCCCCUAAUGCUUCUGAAAGCUUUCAGGAGUGGCUAAAAUGUGCCUGCUGUAACCGCAGGCGGCGGGAAUCCUGCGAGUCUGCAGAAAAUACAGACCUAAGGUCACCCACAGACAGAGAGGAGACCCCUUCUAGCAGUAAAAUAAGUUCCAUGCCCAGCCAGAUCUUGAAUACUGAUGAACUCUCUUCUGCUUAGUGGGACCUGAAUCUCUUGAGGCCCAGAUGUAGUAUUUGCUGGGUUGAUCCCUGUUCUUCAUGCAAGUGAUGGGCCCUGCACAAUUAACAAAGCAGGAAUUUAGCUCUCAACUCCUUGUGAGUUGCUCCCCUUUAGAGAGCUCUUGGUCAGGUGAGUGGGAACCAUGGAGAGAAGUCAGGGGAACCCGUGAGUGUUGCAGAGGCAGCCUAAAGCACCACCAUUCACAGUUGACCAGACGUUACUGGCCUUGUCAUUGACAAAGUACCCAUGAUAACUGAGUUGGCUGUUGAGAGCCAUCACAUAGAAUGAGGACAGGGGAUUUCUUCUGUUCUAGUUUUCUGGACUACUGGUUUAGGUAGCCUAAUGUUUUAUUAUCCCCGAGAAGAGUUCUCACCUAAGAGCUGUCUGAUGACCAGAGAUGGUCACUGGGGUUUUUGCCAUCAGCCACAUCAUUCCUGUCAGAGUUUUCAGAGAAAGCUGUUCAAGUUUGGUUUUUGAAUAGACAGAUGUUCCAUUUUCAUCUCACUAGGGCUCUUUGUACAUAACCAGCCAUAGCAACCUUGGCCUCCUAUUUCUCAUUGACUCAAAAGUCUGUAUUUGCAAACUCUAUUCUUAAGAAUCCAUGGAUGCAAAAUUGAAUUCUAAAUUUGGUUAUGGAAGCCAUAGAGUUUUAGAGAAGUAGUGUUCCUUUGAUAUGUUGGAUAAACUCUGGAUCGAGGGGAUUGUUAAAAUAUCAAAAUGAUUUUGGCUUUUAUAAGCAGAAUUCUUACCUUCUUGUGAUGGUUGAAGAUGUGACUCUGCUAGAAGGUAGGCUUAACCUCUUCAAGAUUCAGUCCCAUCCUACAGUUUUGGAAAUUUCUAGUAGAAAACUCCAUAGAAAUUCCUCACCUAGCACAGGUAUAUAGGGCAUUUUAAGUUUCAUUAUUUGAAGGAGCAGAGUUCCCCCCUUCAGUUAGAUACAGACUUCAGAAACUUAAAUUUUCAGAGAUGGCAUGACCAGAAGAUUUUUAUCUUUAACUGAAUGUACCUUGAUUUGGUAUGAUUAUGAGUUAAUUUGAAUAAGAACUUCAAUUUUAUCCUCCUACACUCUCCUAUCUUCAGUAUUUCUCCUUUAAUUUGGAACCCUGUUUCUUUCGUAAAAGGAUCUGCAGAAUCUCCUCAGUUGUCCAGGGAAAAUGCCUGGAUCUAGUGCCAUUAUUUGUACCAUAAAAACCUUGAUAAUGAAAUACCUGGGAGCAGGUGACCUGUCACUGACAAGCCUGGACAUUGCAGGUCAGUCAGGGUUGACAGUCUUAGGACCCUAAUGGCUGAACUUUCUGAACCAUCCAGUUUCUAAUAGCUAGUUUGUCGGGGUACAGGUUAAAAUGGUGAGUUUGAGCAGGAGUUGUGGUCAGAAUUAGACCAGGAUAGAGAGACUAGUACUUCCCCAGCCUUCAUUUGGAAGCCUGUCUCAAGAACCAUUACAAAAUCUGGGCCUUCAAAUAAAUUUAAAAUCAUUUUAAUGUAGCAUGUAGGUAAGCAUAUUGAGUGACCCCAAAUCAAUCUAACAGUGAUGGUCUGUCACACUCCCAAAGCCCAAUUUUAAGCCACAUUUAUAAGGAUAUUUAUAAGGUUUGGUAACUAAAUUGGAUAUUUUGUCAUCUUUAACUCUUGAUAUGCAGAUACCCCCACUUUGAGACCAUAUACAUGUAGUCACUUUGGGGAAAGAAACCACUGCUUUUUUCAUGGCAAAAAUUUAAAUCCUAGUGAACUGAGAAAAAAAUUUUUAAUGAUUUAUAUUAUACCUCUAAAAAGACAAAAUUAUGCAGAACUAGGUUGCCCUAAAGACAAACCAGCAAAUCUCCUAUCUUGAGAGUUAAAACAUCUUUUUCAGUUAUAAUUCCAAUUUUUAAAACUCUCAGUGCUUGGUCUAAUUAAUUACAUGCCUUAACUUGUCAUAAGAGAUGCACCAACUGAGUUACUAUCAUUUGACUGGGUGGAAGUGAAGUAUUUCCUCCAAAUAUAUUGAAACAAGGUCAUGAAACAUGUUUAGACUUUCUUCAUUACUGGAGACAGUGCAGUAUAGGGGUUGGCAUCACCCUGAUAACCCAGCAAAUUACUUACUUGAUCUCUGCCUCAGUUUCCUCACCCAUCAGAUUUGCAUGAUAUUCUUGCCCAGCCUACCUCACAAGGUUGUCAGCAGAACAAAUUUAAAUAAUAGCUGUGAAAAUGCUUUGAAAAUGUUUUUAAAGUGCCAUGCAUGUUUAAAGGAGUUGUUUUUAUAGUUACUCAAAUCCCGAAACAGGUUAUUGUUUUUGUUUUACUGUUAGAAAAGAAACAAAUAUCAUUCAUGUGAGUGUCUUCAGGGAAUAUGUCGGCCUUUUACCUUAUGGAAGGACAAGUGUAAAUGGUCUUUUACUCUUGGAGAGAACUCAGCAUUUGCCCUUUCUCUUACCAUCAGUUACGUAAAAAAUUAGCACUCAAACAUAUAGUACUUGGAGGAAAAAGACCCACCGAAAUCUGAAAAAUUGGUUUUGAUAGCAGAUGAGCUUAUCGUUUUUGUAUCUGUCAUGUUUCAUAAAGGAUAUAACAGCAUCUUUUGUUAAUUUUGCUUUACAAUUUGAAUGCCUGAUCCUGCUAGACUUUAACUGAAUGUGGAUAUAAUCUUUUCAGCCUUGUAAAUGGGAAAAAUAAAACUUUAAAAUUGAUUGUUAAAUGUAGCAUUUCCUUGGAAACCUCCUUAGAACAUUAUUGCUAUGGUUAUGAGUGUAUGUAUCAGUACUUCUCAGCCUGUACAUUGUGGAUGAGAGCUUUUGCAGGCUGCUUCUCAGCAGCCAUUCACUCUAAUAAAUAUUGUUUAUGUUUCUUCAUAUAAUAAAUUAAUUUUUC